AAUCUUUGUUGCGCUAGUUGUAGUAGUUGCGCUUUCGGAUAUUGCGUUGUGUUGUUUUGCCGAGCGCGAGAUGGAAAAGUAACAAAAAUACUGUUUAGCGAUUCAGCGAAGAUAUUUCUCGCACUGCUCUCAUGCCGUGCCAUCGUUUGUUCGGCGGCGCAGCGAGGUAAAUGUUUAUGCAAGCGCCAGGAGCCUGCCAUGUCAACUUGCGCGGGCUCUGACUCGAUAGGUCCCUUUUGGAAGCAUGGCCGCUGCCACGGGAGAUAGCAGUCAUGAAGGCACACCGCCUUUGCUUGCCGCAAGUCAAGUGCCCAUUAUCAACAACAAACCAUCUCAAGCUGUUGGCGGGAUAGAACACGCCUCGGAAGACGAAGAUGGAAACCCUCGGGAAGCCUAUCUCUGGGAUAGUGCCGAAGUUCACAGUGGAGCUAGCAGAGUUGACAAGGAAAAAAAGGCCCCAGACAACACGUCACACUCUUCACAGUCAGUCGAGAGAGACCGCAAAUGUUGGCAAUGGAAGUCCUUGAAAGAGUUAUCUACGCUGAACUGUGAGCAACUUCAACAACUUUGUUCGCAGCUUUCUCAGCUUAUCAAACAGCGCUCCACUGAUCUGGCGCCGUUGCUCGAGGAGCACCACAAUCUACAAGAGGAAAUCGACGCACGCAAUGUUGUCAUACAGCAGCUCUUGAAACUCACGUGCCAGCAGAUGGAGCUGCCGCGGCGGCCCAUUCAGAUGUCUGUUAUAUUUCCCGAAAGCAACUCCGACGAGGACGAGUCUGACACUGCGUUGUACAAUUGAUCUCGCUGGGACACCUGCAGUGCGGUGCUUCUUUAAGACCCCACUUCAGGCACGCACUUAUUGUUUUUUUUGUUUUGUUUUUUGCACAUUGUAUUGUUCUGCUGUGUGUUCCUUGUGUGUGAGUACACUUUUAAAGUCAUUUUCUUUUAAUCUGCACUUGUUGAAUGCUAGCUGCACGGGUAUUUGCAAUGUAUUUUCCAAUAAAGUGCCAUGCACAGUUUUCGCUCGUGAAGCUGUUCCUGUUGCAGCAGUUAACUCCGUACGGUUUGGCAUCAAGACGAUUGUGUACCAUGGGAUCCAAGAAAAAGCUGAAUAUUUACAGAGCCUGAUUGUGCCAUUUGGUAUUUGGGUUUAAGGUCUGUGUUACUAUGUGAUAACAGUAGCACUUUACAAUCUUACUGGCUGCCAGCAUAAACUGAUCGAAAAUUAAAUGUUUUCUCAGCGCCCAUGGUUUGUGAACGCUCGAUGCCGACUGCACAUGUAUAUUGCCAUGUGUGUUCAGUAAACCUAAUAAAGGUGCCUGCUUGUGCUUUCAAGUAUUCAGAGGCAUUAGGUGUGCCAGGAAAAGAUACUCACUGCUCUUGUGUGGUGUUCAGGGCUCGGAGCCAAAGAAUUAGGACCAAGCUACAGCUGUUUCCACAUGAGAAGCCGAGCUUGUCAUAAUUUUGUACAACAUCCAGUCAUCAAACUCGGUUCAAUCGUUGGGGCAUUUUGUUGCUCGUAUGAUGCUUGUCUUCGAGCUGUCUCGCUGGAACGACCGCCAGCUGAUCUGAGAAUAUACUGCGAAGAUGGAAUUUGAAAGAAUAAAUGUUUUUGCUUCUCUUG